UCCAACUCUUGCAUUUGCCUCGCAGCUACUCAACUCAACUCAUAAUUCACCUUCUCUCACUCUCUCUAUAUAAUGUGUGUGUCUGUGUGUUUGCGCCCUAAGUUAGGGCACGCGCAAACACACAAAUUACAUUACAUUAUUUCACUUGACAAAUGGAUAGUGCAACUGGAAGAAUUGACGCGGCGAUUAAGAGUAGUAGUGAUUCGAUUUCGGGAAACGGAGAAGGCCGCGUCCAUGGAUUUGGUUGGGCAGUGGACAGCGCCGUAAGGAGUACGAUUGCGUCGAAUUCUGAAAUAUCCUCUGUCCAUGGAUUCGGUUGGGCAGUGGAGAAUGGCAUCAAGAGUAGCACUGCGCCAAAUUUCGAAACACAGGACACUGUUCAUAGUAUCCGUUGGGCGGUGGACGAUGCAAUAAGGAGUAGGGUUGCACCAAAUCCCGCUCCUCUCCACGGUUUUUCUUCGGCCGUGGAUAAUGCCAUCAGCAGCAAGGUUGGUGCCGAAACAGCAGCUGAAGCUGAAACUGAUUCUGAAGCGGAAUUGAAAGAGGCGUGGUAUGUGGAGGGGUCAUGGCAGAAGGGUGAGAUGUUAGGGAAGGGCUCCUUCGGCACAGUCUAUGAAGCCAUCUCAGAAGAUGGAUUCUUUUUUGCUGCAAAGGAGGUGUCUUUGCUGGAUGAUAGAAGGCAUGGCAAACAAUGCAUUUUCCAACUUCAGCAGGAAAUAUCUCUUUUGAGUCAGCUCCGGCAUGACAACAUCGUUCGAUAUCUAGGCACAGACAAGGAUAAUGAUAAGCUGUAUAUCUUCCUCGAGAUUGUAACAAAAGGAUCAUUGGCAGUUUUCUAUAAAAAGUAUCAUUUAAUGGACUCUCAAGUUUCUGCAUAUACAAGGCAAAUUUUAAGCGGCUUGAAGUAUCUUCAUGAUCUUAAUGUGGUUCACAGGGACAUCAAGUGUGCCAAUAUACUGGUUGAUGCAACCGGGUCCGUCAAGCUUGCAGAUUUUGGUUUGGCAAAGGUUACCAAGUUAAAUGAUGUUAAAUCAAUUGGAGGCUCCCUGUACUGGAUGGCCCCUGAGGUUGUCAACUUGAGGAGUGGUGGAUAUGGGUUAGCAGCAGAUAUAUGGAGUUUAGGAUGCACAGUGUUAGAGAUGUUGACUCGUCAACCUCCUUACUCUCAUUUGGAACCGAAGCAAGCAGUAGUUCGAAUUGGCAGGGGUGAACUUCCACUAGUUCCGGAAUCCCUAUCCAUAAAUGCCCGAGAUUUCAUUCUUAAAUGCUUACAACUUAACCCAAACAAACGCCCAACUGCUGCUCAUCUACUGGACCAUCCAUUCGUAAUUGCUCAACAACCGGAUCAUCCAUUCACAAAGACAUCUUCUGCUGCUCAUCUACUGGACCAUCCAUUCGUAACUGCUCAACAACCGGAUCAUCCAUUCACAGAGAAGACAUCUUCCGAACUAAGGUCUAAAUUAGGGUUUAAACUAACAACGGCUCAAAUCAGAUACCUGAACGGAGAUCAGAUACCUGACGAACUCCAAACCAAUAAAGUCUAGACAAUUUAGACUGAUCAACGCUACUUUUUUUUUUGUUAAAUAUGUUUUUGGUCUUUCAACUUUAUGUGAAAAUUGACAUUAGUCCCUCUUCGAAACUUUGGUUCAAUUUAGUUCCUCAACUUCAAUAUUGUGUGGAUUUAGUUUA